AUGAUGCUGAAUGGAAUCGCCCAAGGCUACAACUACAACUCACUGACCCCGGGGAGGAGAGCUUUGGAUAUGAGUGAAAUGUACAAAAGACGCUCACCCGCAGAACCUUACGUUAAAAACAAUCACGCAGUAGAUGAACGUUUUUGCCCUUCAUGCCGACUGAUGCUGAAGCGAGCAAUCUACUACCAUCAUGGGCGGCUUAUAAAGAAAUAUGGUCGUUGUGAUGUGUUUACACCGAAGCGUUUCCCUUGUGCGGAGUGUUGCGAACGCUUGGGUACAAUAGAAAGGUUAUGUGAGCAUAUGUUCCAAGUGCACAACGCGCCUACUCAAGUCAAGAGUAAAAUUUUCAACACUGAAGCUGAGUUUAAGGUUUUCCGUGAUGGUCUCGAAUGUGACGGCAACUAUCGCAUGUCUAGA